UAAAAUCUAUAGUGCAGAAGAUAUAUUUACACAGAACAUGUGCAAGAAAGGGAGAGAAACAAAAACUAAAUCCCUUUAUAAUGCUGUUUAGAUAAAAUUAAUUUUGACCUAAAAUCUUUUCUACAAUUUAUUCAUUUGGUUUCUUACUCAUUCAAAUUCAGGUGAACGCGAGAAAAGUUCGAGAAAUUCGAAGUCCCGCCACCACCUGAUUCCCAAGUCCCGUCACCAAUCCAUGGAGACGGAGAACAACGCGCCUAGACCGAAGAGCACGCGCCGAAGCCAUCGGUCCUCCGACCCCUCCUCAGAGACCACAAACCAAGACUCUUCCACCGGCGACUCCCGCCACCGGCGGCACCGGCGCGGGUCAAACCCAGGCGGUGAAUCGCCAUCCGCCCAGGAUAUGCCGCCGAGAAGCAGCCGGCGGAAAUCGAAGAACUUAGAGGACGGUUCCGUUAAGAAAUCGUCGGCAAGAUCGUCGAAAGGAGACUCUCUGAGUGACAUUUCGAUUUCAGAUUUUGGGUCUGGUUCUGAAAGUGGGCCUCUUGAGCCCAUUAGGGUUUAAAUUGGGCUGAGUGAAAGAGAGAGUAAUAUAAUAUGUGAAGAAAGAGUUUAGGGAGGGAGAGAGAGA